CAGGCUCCGGACGCACAGGCGCAGCGGCCACGGCUCACGGGCCCAGCCGCUCCGCGGCAUGUGGGAUCCUCCCGGACCGGGACACGAACCCGCGUCCCUUGCAUCGGCAGGCAGACUCUCAACCACUGCGCCACCAGGGAAGCCCCACACCCCCCUUCUGACUCCAGUGCCGCCUCCCCAUCCUCACUCUCAGGAGGUGAACUUAUUUCACCGAGAAAAUGCGAACAUUCUAAAGAGACCUCCCGUCUGUCUCCCACCGCCUCUGCCAGCUCCCACACAGCUGUUCCCUCCUGCUUUCUCUCCCUCCUGUCUACUGGGGGGUGGGGGGCUGUGCGCUGCAGGCGCCGGCCACCCACCCACUUCCCGCUCCCUGGAGGAGGACAUUCCCAACCAGCCCCCUCUCCUGAAGUUAAAUAAUUUCCUACUCCUGCCUGCCGAUCUCCUGGUCCUGUCCUGUAUCCCUCCAUAGCCACGUCUGCACUCGGGCAGGUGUGUGAAACUCAGGAAAUUGGGUCAUGGCACCAGUUGCAUCUGGAAACAGAAACCUGGACCCGCCCCCCUUCCUUUGCAAAGCUAAUGACGUUUCCACCUGCCUGCUGCAUAAGCCCGAGUAAAAAUUGACGAUGACUAAAAACUGCAGCUGACGGAGUGUGCUUUUCCCGGCUGACCUUAAGCGAUGCCCUCUUAUGCUUUGGUUUGUCAACAUGCCCUGCCUUGUGUUAAAAUAUUUUUCCUUUCCCAGGACAUGGGCAAAUUUUCCCUCACCUACGAGGCCUCCAUGACCCGGCUCUUCCGAGAGGGCAGGACGGAGACCGUGCGUUCCUGCACCACUGAGUCGUGCAACUUUGUGCUGGCCAUGGUGGACCCCACGCAGACGGCUGAACAGAGGCUCAAGUUAUUCAAGAUUGCAUCCAGGAAGCAUCAGCACCUGUGCCGCCUGGCAAUGACCGGCUCGGGGAUCGACCGCCACCUCUUCUGCCUCUACGUGGUGUCCAAAUACCUCGCUGUUGACUCUCCUUUCCUGAAGGAGGUGCUAUCUGAGCCUUGGAGAUUAUCCACCAGCCAGACCCCUCAGCAGCAGGUGGAACUGUUCAAUUUGGAAAGGAAUCCAGAGUACGUGUCAAGCGGAGGCGGCUUUGGACCGGUUGCUGACGACGGCUAUGGGGUGUCGUACAUUCUCGUGGGUGAGAAGCUCAUCAGUUUCCACAUUUCUUCCAAGUUCUCCUGCCCUGAGACAGAUUCUCAUCGCUUCGGGAAGAACGUGAAACAAGCAAUGUUUGACAUCGUGAGUUUGUUCGGGCUCAGCUCCAAUUCCAGAAAGUAAAUCCCUUAGCACUGCCGGGAAGGAAGAAGAGCUCUUCGGAUGAAAAACCAAAUGAAAAAUAGCUGUGAAUCCUGAUUGUAGUUCAGGAUGAAAAUUUGCUCUAAAAGACUCAGACGUUUCCUUUCCUUCGAGGGUCUGGUGUUUUUGCUUUUCUAGAUGGCAGGCUCCACCCCAUGAAGUAUAACCCUACUCCUUCCAAGCAGGUCCUAACCUGGGGGACAUUGGAUGAAGUCCCCCCCCCAAGGUCUUCCCAUCGCCUUGCGUUUCUUAAGGGAUGAAAUUGUCGUUGAGCGAUUUGUGGAAUGAGUGGGGCUGUGACUUCAUACUCGUUGGAAACGACCGACCCGGCACGCUUCCUCGGCGGCCGCUGGACACUUGGUACUUACGGGCAUUUAAUUUUAUCAGAGCAAUGUAAACAUUUGUUUCCUUCCGAGAGAAAAGCAUUGUUUAAGCUGCAGAUGGUGGCAGUUAACAGCCAACGCACGUGCAAUGCACUAACCAAGAAAAGCUGUGCUUUUGGAACCCAGUCUGUCCCUGUGGCAACUCUGUCACUGUCUAGUUUGGUCGUCUGCCUCUGCCUCUCCAUGCUGGGAGCAUGUAGUGUGUCUCAUCUUUAGUUUUCCUGACCUGGCAAUUCUUCAAAACCCAGUGCCUUAAAAACGGAAGGCCCCAAAUGUAAGGGAGACCGCACGAGAGAUUUAUUUUGUAAAGUCUUGAGGUGGAAUUGUGGGUGUCUUACUCCUCCGCUUACUGGGUGGAUAACCCUAUGUAGGCAUUUUACUGUGGUGUCCCUGUAUCCCAGAAGGACCAGUUCCCUGACGAGGGCAGCUGUGCUGCGUUCCCCCAUCAGACUGCCUUCCUUAAGCUUCCUCGUUAAGCUGCAAAAGAAGACGUGGGCGUGCCUCAGAAGUGGGGAGCAAGGGAUGUGAUGGUCGAAGAUUAUGUGUCUGGAGCACUGACUGAAAAAUCAGACAUCCUGGGUGCCUCAGGAUUCCUGCUUACCCGAACUGGUGGCAGGGAGAACAUGACCUUCGGCCCUGAGGAAGGAACAAAACUUGAGAAAAGCAAACCUCAGGGCGGUCAGGGUUGGGCAUCCCGGCUGGUGAGAGAGGAGACCCACUCCCACCUCCAGGGAGACGGAGGGAGAUGGGUUAUCGGUGACCUCCUAGAAUGUCACAGGUGACAGGUGCUGGGUUUAACACAGCCUACCCUUCGGAUGGGCGUGCCUUGAUCGAGUGAUUGACCAAAAAGCGAUGAGGCGCUGAAUCGUCUUCAGUAUUUGGUGUAAAAAGAACGGAUCAUGGAAUGAAAUAAUACCCACUGCCUCUGGGCUGUAAUGACAAGCUUAGCUGUCCGUCUGUUAAAAUCAUGUAUUUAUUUUUCUGACCACUAUGUUCUGGUGGGGCUCGCCUCUCUAAGAGUUCUGAACUCCAGGGAUACGGUGACGAGGCCGAACCCUGGAGCAAGAGGAAGGCGCUUGCUGCAGAGCACGUGCAUAUUUUAUUCCUGUACAUGUUGUGAUGUAAAAACCCCACCUAAAUGGGCCAGAGACUUUUUUUUUUUUCUUUUAAAAGCAAGCAGAAAUGAGAACAGACAAAAAAAGCAAAAAGGGACAUCUAACCACCACAGCAACAAAAGGCCCUGUUCAUCUGUGUUAUGUAGUCAAGGAGGCGUGAGGGGUACAGCCCCUCUGCCUCAGCGAGGCGUAGCUUCCAGUCGAAGCCAGGACCACUGAAAUCAUACACUGUUGACCACUGACCAGUCUGUAUUAUGAUUCAUGGGUGAAUUCGAGCACAGACGUGUUAGCACUCAGACUUAUUUGGGCUUGUCUCUCAGGUUUUAAGUGUCUCAAAUGUAAUCACUGCUAAUCCGUGCAGUUAUCAAUGCAAUUUUUUAUUCCCUAAAAGGAGGAAGAGUGGGUUUUUACUGUACAUGUUGAAAGCAGGAGGUAGGAGUAUGAUGUAUUUAAUUGAAUUUGGAAUAAGCCAUAGUCUUAACGGAGCUGUGGUCUGAAUUUGUUAUCUUGAAUUGGCCAUUGCAUGUAAAUACAAUAUGCUCUUUUGGAUAAAUCUUAGAAAUGCAGUAUGAAUGUUAUCAUUAAUAAAAACAUUAAUCCCAGUC